AUGUUUAUCACACUCUGUCUUAUGGCUCUUUCUACAUAUGGUACUGCUCUACGAGAAAUGAGGACUGCUACCAGUGGUACUCAAUCUCGAGAGUCUGUUUUCUCCUUGUUGACUCAACUUCCUUUUUAUAUUUCAACGGACCAAGUUCCUUUCCCUGAUAGCACUCCCGUUACUCCACAGUUGAAUUUGUCUACAAUGAAUGAUACUAUGGAAGAUGGGGGUGCUAUGUUAUCGUCAUCAGAGGAUCCCACUGCUUGGCCUGAUGAUUCAGAUACACACGUUGGUGAUGCUCUGGAUGCUAAUCAUGUUCAAAACAAACAACAAUGGGAUUUGCCUCCUCACAUGUCCCAUUCUUCUCAUAAUUCUCAAUAUGUUACUCAUUCUGAAAUUUCCACUUUGACUGAUACUAUUAAAACUCUUAUUCUUACUAUACAGAAUCAACAUUCAUCUAAUGGACGACAGGACAAUGUGACACUGCCAUUACAGAACUCAUCGAUACCUGGAGUUCAUGCACCAUAUCCAGGUGUGACACCAUUAAUGAAGAACUCACCUGGGUUGGGGAUGUGUCAUGAACUGAACCAGGAGUAG